UGACGUUACAAUGAUUUAUACGACACCGGAAAUUUAGGUUUGUCAUGUUGUUGUCGCGCGCAUUUUAAAAACAGUAACACCAAAUUGCUCUUAUCAACUUUUAACAGGGUAUCAUUUAUAGCAUUAUAACUUAUUUGUCCUGAUGUUUCUUUAAAUAAUCGUGGUACAUGAAAAAGUGUGUUUUUAAUAUGGCAAUCGAUUCAGAUAGUAGUAGAGGAAACCCUUGCGAAGUUCUUAAAGAUGUUGUUGCAUUUGUUGAGGUGUGGUCCUCAAGUAGAACUGAAAAUUAUUCAAAAACAUUUGCCCAACAGCUACUUGAUAUGGGAGCUACAGUAAGUUUCUACUGUUUUAAAUGUUGCAGAGAAGCUGAAGCACACGUUGAUGAGUUAUUGUAUCCUGCAGUAAAUGAGAAUGAGGGAUUGCCGGACAAAAUUGUGAAACAUCGAUGCAUGCAGCCAAAAGACUUUAUUGAGAAAACACCAGAAAGUAACCGAAGGCUUCGGCGAAGACUUGAUAAAUUGUUUGAAAAUUUGAAAAUGCAGAAGGCAGGUGCUGGUUCAGAGCUUCCAGCAUUAUCAUUCAGUGAAGAUGGAUUAGUACAGUAUAGUCCCAGUGCUAUUACUGGUCGGUGUUCUGCAAUGGAGAAAAGAAUCAGAGAAAUGAAAGACAAGAGAGAAAAUCUUUCUCCAACUGCUUCACAGAUGUAUAAUUCAAAUUCUCAAACCGUGUCUCUGCAGCCCAUUGACAGUAGUUCUGCUAUACCGCUGUCUACAGAGGUGCUACCAGAAGACAAGCUAUGCACAUCAUUUACUGAACUCUGGGAAAGACCCGAAGGACUGGAAGUUUCAGUAGAUCAGUGGCAAAAGGCAGCUGCAUUGUCUUCCACGUCGUACAAAGCAAGUGAAAAAUUGCCUGCUUUGAAUAAUUAUGGGCUCAAAAAUGAAACUCCACAGACGUUUAAUAAGCUUCUUGGAAAGAAAAAGUUCGAUUUUUUUGAUAGCAAUGACUUUGUCUCUAAAUCUGCUGGCAAAAGGAUUGUGAAAAGGAAAUCAUUUUCCAAGAGUUCUUUGGAAAAUGUUGGCACUGACAGUGCAACAAAUUUCAGUUGUACUACAUUGGGAGGUCCUUCAUCUCCUCACAGUAAAGUAUCUGAAGAUAAAACAACACAUUUGUUUCAUAAGCAGUCAUCAGUGGAGAAUGAGGACCCCAAACCCAGUAAUAAGAUUCACACCACAAUGAAAAAUACAGUACAGUUAGAUUCACCUAUUACAAAAGGAAAUGUGUUUAGUCUGUCUUGCCCAUUACUGGAACCCAUGGAGAAUUCAAAAAAACAGAAAUGUAGAAAAGGAAGAAAAAGUUUAACACCUAUGGUUAAACUGACUGUUGAAGACUUGACACACACUGUAGCUGAAGGUGAUAGCCCUUUACACAUCAUGAGGACUCCUGGACUAUCAUUAGACUGGUCACCAAGCACAGAGGAAGUUGGAUCUGCAUAUGAGGAUUUUUUUUCACCAGUGAACUUAAGAGAAAAUAAACUUAGACUACCUUCUUUAGGAGCACUUGUACUGAAGUCAGCAAGCCCUUCUAAUGCAUUUGGAGUCAAGAGCCCAGCUGGCAAUAAAAGACUGAAGCUGAUGCAUGGUUUUGAUAAGAUGAAGUCCAAACAGAAAAAGAAGUGUGUGAGCACAUCCAUUUCUAAUGCUUCUGUUGACUGUGGUACAAAUCCCUCCAUUGCAAAUAAGCUUCCUGAAACAAACUGUAUAUCUGGUGAUGGUAAUAAAAGUUUGAAUAUCACUGUAGAUUUGAGAAAGGAUUUAAGAAUUGCUUGUACAGAUAAGAACCAGAAAAGAUGUAGAAAAUCUGUUGGAAGAGCAGGGUCUGCCAAGAGUCCUGUCUGCAUUGAAGAUAAUAUUUUCAGUUUACCACUUCAAGUUAAUGAACCUUGCAUUUCAUCGCCAGAAAGGUCAGUAAUACCAGAUUCCCACAGUGGAGACCAUGAACACAUUAAAGCUCCUUCUAUCAUAUCAAAAAUGGCAGAUGUAAAAACUGAGUGCUCUGUAUUUUCAGAGUGCAGUAACAAGCAAGUGGAACUGGAUGUGUUAGGAAAAAAAGAACAUGAGAAGUCCUCCAAUGUUUUACUGAAGCAUAAAGGAAUGCAAGAAUGCCAUCAUCUCACAAUGGAAACCACCGAAGAAACCUUUCCUUGCAGCACUGGCAAACCUGUGUCUUCACCACAGAAAACCAGUGGUCUUCAUGAACCUUCUACUUGUGAUGUUCAGAAUAAUACUGCCCAUGAAAAAGUAGAAUUGUGUUAUCAGAAGUCAGGCAGCAGCAAAGCAAAACAGAUGCCAAAAAGAACAUUAGUCAUGACAAGUAUGGCCUCUGAGAUGCAGCAAACAGCAAUCCAAGUAGUAAACAAACUUGGUGGCUUUGCUUUCUCGGAUUCUGUAUGUGAGACGACAACCCAUGUGGUGACUGGAAGUCCUCGACGAACUUUAAAUGUACUGUUUGGAAUAGCUAGAGGUUGCUGGAUUCUUUCAUUUGAUUGGGUUCUUUGGUCCCUAGAGCAUGGUUAUUGGAUUCCUGAGGAGCCCUAUGAAGCCUCAAACCAUUUCCCUGCAGCUUCUAUCUGCAGACUGCAGCAAUACCUUUCAAAGGGAAAAUACCAGCAAGACCUGUUUGUCAAUCAGCCUUUAAUGUAUGUAUCUUCAUCUACCCAGCCACCCUUUAAAAAGCUCACUGAACUGAUACAGUUAUGUGGAGGAAAGGUGUGUAAAUCAUUACGUCCAGCAAGGAUCUGCAUUGGAGACUACUGUGGAAAGAAAUUGCCUGAGAUAAAAUAUUUAUCAGAGCAAUGGAUUUUGGAUUCCAUCACACAGUACAGUGUGUGCCCUUUUGAAAACUACAUACUAAACUCCUGCGUUGCUUGAAAACUUUGCUUGUACUACUUGAAACUAGAAAUUGCUCUGCAACUGAUACUGUGAGAGUUCUGAGUUACUUGAAAACUUUGUUACCAAUUGUAUACCAUAAUUGUUUUUAAAUUGAUUUUAAUGGUACUGCACAAAACUGUGAAAAUGAUGGAUAAAUCUACUCUGAUUUAGGUUAAGCAGGCUGUAUACAGACAUUUUAUUAUAUUAUAUUUUCUUCUACAUGUUAUCAGCCUUUUUAAUAAAUGAAGUAAAACUUUAUUAACCUAUGUUUGUAGAAAUACUGUAGUAACACUUAAAAAGUUAAAUCAAGUGCAUAUUUUUUAAGUAAAUAUGAAUUGCUUUUAAGAAAUAAAUAUUUACAAUGUCGUGAUCAUUGUUUUGUUUUUUGCUUUAGUGGCAUAUGUAUUUCACUUGUUUGCAUACUAGUAAUGGUGUGGCAAUAAUACUGAUGCAGCAAUAAUACUCCAGUAAACGUAACUGUUAAGUUGUAUCUCUUCAAUGAAAAAAGGAUUACUAUCAUGCAGGCAUUUGGGUGACAAUUUUGUUUAAUAGAAGUAUUCAGUUCAAAGUGGUGCAUGACUUAAGCACCCUUUUUAAAUGGGUCACUGUAUAAUGAUGGUCCUUUUGUUUUUGAAGAGAAAGCUACCUUGAACGCUAGUAUAGACCCAGUACUAGUCGGUACUGCAGGCCUGUGCUGCCAAAGACUGAAAGACUGUAUUCAUCUGUGUUGGUCUGGCUGUAAAGUUUGCUGUAAAAUUAUUUUUAUAUUUUUGGUUUCACUUCCUAAAAUGUAUGUUAGAAAUCAUUAAUUUCUUUCGGGUUCAUUCAUAUAUUCAGUGAUUUCCAAAAUUUCCAUGAACAUAGUCCCGUUUUUCUUUGAGGGCUUUACUUUGGUUCUCAUGUCAGCAUUGCUUGGAGGACAGAAAAACAACUUCAUAUCAAUUAGUCCGAAGCCUUGCAACUUCAGUCUUGUCCUUUUAGCUUAGGUCCUGUUAACACUCAAAAUCCCUCAUUAUUACAUGGCUGCUCAUUGUAAUCUGCAUAAUAAUGAGAUAUCCUUUCUAUCUUCUCUUUUGCACAGACACAGCAUUUUCCCCUGCCUUUUCUGAUGUUCCAUACUUUGCAAUUCAAUAAUCCUUUUCUUUACUGUUAUUGUAUCAGGUUUAAUAUGCCAAGUUUCUCUUGACAUUUCACUGACAUGAAUAAAUAUGUUACUUGCUUAAUGAAUGGUUUGCAAAAUGUAAACUUUAACACACUCUUUAACCUGCUGAUAGACAUAAAAGUAAUAUACCAGGAAGAAAAGGAUUUCUUAAUCCCCAUAGUCUGCCUGCAUAAUUUUUACCAAGUCUAUAUCUUCAUUUUAUAAUUACCUUCCAAAGACCCAUUGCCCCAAAUCUACUAUUUUCCAAGUAAGUUACAUGCAUUCUUUAAAUAUUUUACUUUUUGUUGCCUCCCCAUGUCUGUUCAUAGUCUUUUACAUGCAUUUGCUGCUCUUUCAUAAGAAUGGCACUUACUCCUGCAUCUGUUCUCCUAGCUGAAGUACUUGAAAACUUCCAUUAUGCCUCCCUCCCCCCCCCAAAAAAAAUCAUUUUUUUCUCAUGGGACUUUUGAUGCAAGACAUUAGCAUUUUAUAUUCAACAUUUUGCAACUUAUUGGAGCUUUGAGAGCCUAUUUAGCAUAUCCACAAUGUGAAAGUCCACAAAGCUAAGGCUACCAUGCUUUUCUGUAUUAAAAUCUAUUUAAAACUCCAUAAUAAAUGUAUGGUGUAUGCCAUCAUGCAUUUAUCACAGAAAAAGAAUGUGCAUACAAAGAAUUAAUGUUUAAUAUGUCCUGGUUAUAAUUAAAAUAAUGGUAUCACAAGCUUCA